AUGGCUUUUCGUCCAGUUCAUUCCUGGGAGGAACUGUACUUCUACAAUGCCUAUCUAAAGGACCGAAUCAUGAAUGAGCCUGUCAAGGGCAACCGGUUCUUGAACGAUGUGCGGAACAUCGCUUUCCAAAUGGCAUCCCUCAGCGAGGUUCGCGAGGCCGAAGAAGAUAUCGUUUAUCAUAUUGUCCGUACUCUGUGCGAAACAAGGAGGCCACCGGAAACCAGAAAGUACUGGAAGGACGAAUUCCGCCGCACUUCUAAAUGGGAGCCGGACGAACUAGAGAGGCAACUCUUUGGUGCCGCAUUAUGCACCAACACGAUCUCGUUCAUCCGGAGUUCUGAUACGCUACGGAACAACAUGUUGUCAAAUCCUACAAGUCCUCGUAACAGUUGCGUGUUUGGGGAACAUAUCGAGUUAGCUGCAAAGUAUGGCAGUGAGGAGCUCCUGGAGUACCUUUUGACGGACGGAGCGUCUAUCGCCAGCCCAGAUCUGAAAUCCGAACUUUUCAAGUUUGCGGCGAAAGCUGGUCGUAUAGAAAUCGUCCGAUUUCUGUGCAACUUUCGGAGUGAAGAGUGGCCUUGGCCUUUCGAGGGCGAUAUAAAGGCGAUGAGGCGAUAUCUACGCGAUAUCCUCAUGGGUAUCUGGAAUCCUCAGGUAUGGGACUUCAUCGAUAACUUGCUCGUUUCUCAUGGCUCACAUUCGGCCUUGAGUGACAUGCUUGAGCACAAGCUCAGUACUUGUGCAAGAGUGAAUUACCUAAGCAUGGCGGUACAUCUAGUAAGGCUCGGCCCAGAUACUGAGGAACCUCCCAGUUGGUUUUCGGGGGGCGUUUACACAUCUGCAAUUGGAUAUGCUGCUAUGCGCGGCUGUUUGCCUCUUGUCGAGCUCUUGUUAGAAAAAGGUGCGAAUUCCGAACACACCCUCGCCACUGCGGUGGUCUACGGCCGCGCAAAGCUUCUUAAUGUGUUACUGGACCGUGGAAUCAAGACAAGCGAUGCAAUGGUCGGAUCACGUCAAUCACCGGAACCUGCUCAGCUCUUGCCAAAUUUCAAAUUCGGGCCGUAUCUGGACGUGGUCCGACUACUACUCGAUACAGGCGUUGACGUAAACGAAAGCAUCGGUAAAGAAAGCCCUCUCGCUUGGGCAAUCGCUGCAGAACAUACAGCGCUGUUUAAAUUCCUUCUCGAACGCGGAGCCAACCUUCACUCUCCGGGAACAGCAGAGGAGUGCGUGCGACGGGCGAAACAAGAUGACCUAGAGUCGAUGCUGUCACUGCUGGAACAGCAUGGAGUUAACGUCAAAGAUUGUUCGGAACAGGCUGCUUGA